UUAGACUCUUGAGCAGGUGUAGGCUACUCCUGAGUUGGACAAAAGUGGAGCGGAGGUGAAGUGGGCGCGUGUGCUUCACACCGCUUUAAAAAAAUCUGUUAUAGGUUAUGAAAAAAUGAACAACUGUUGGAACCAAAAUCCGAUCCAUCCUGAUCAAGUAUGCGCGUAAUUGGAAUACUCUGGCGAGGUGUCCCUUGCAUCGCCGCCGGGAUAACGUCGCCGUGAUGUUCAAUACUUCGGGUGUCGAUUCCACUUUCAUUAAGAGAGAGGAUGUUCCCGAAGUUAUCAAUGGCACUCUGGAGCAUUUUUACAACGUCCUCAUCACCAUCGCUCCUACAGCCAUGUGGAACGAGUCAUGCGGGGAGCAAUUACUUCAUUUUGGCGAGGCAGAGAGGAUAAUUAUCGGAGUGAUGCUGGCCAUCAUCACCGCAGUCACAGUAAUGGGAAACACUUUGGUGGUUAUUGCUGUGUGCGUUGUUAAAAAAUUAAGACAGCCUUCUAACUAUCUUCUAGUAUCACUUGCUGUGGCGGACCUCUCCGUGGCUAUAGUCGUCAUGCCCUUUGUGAUAGUGACGGACCUAACGGGGGGCCAGUGGCUUUUUGGUGAAGUGUUCUGCAAUAUCUUCAUUGGUAUGGACGUAAUGUGCUGCACAGCCUCCAUUAUGACCCUGUGUGUGAUCAGUGUUGACAGGUACCUGGGCAUCACCCGCCCCCUCACUUACCCGGCCAGACAGAACGGUCAGCUGAUGGCGAAGAUGAUCCUGGGGGUGUGGCUGGCAUCGGCCUCCAUCACCCUGCCGCCGUUCUGCGGCUGGGCCCAGAACGUCCACACGGGUGGUGUUUGCCUCAUCAGCCAGGACAUUGGCUACACCAUCUACUCCACGGCCGUGGCCUUCUACAUCCCCAUGCUGGUCAUGCUCUUCAUGUACUACAAGAUCUUCCGGGCGGCGCGCAAGAGCGGCGCCAAGCACCGGCUCACCGACCCGGCGCGGCGCGAGCGCCUGGAGACGGUGGCCAGCGAGGCGCUGAGGAUGCAGGGCCUGAAGCCGCCGGGAGUGGCGGAGGAGUGCCUGUCGCGGCUGCUGAACCGCGAGCGCCGCAACAUCUCCAUCUUCAAGCGCGAGCAGAAGGCGGCCACAACGCUGGGCGUGAUCGUGGGCGUGUUUGCCGUGUGCUGGCUGCCCUUCUUCAUCCUGUCCACCGCCCGGCCCUUCAUCUGCGGCGUGACGUGCAGCUGCGUGCCCAUCUGGUUGGAGCGGCUGCUGCUGUGGCUGGGCUAUGCCAACUCCCUCAUGAACCCCUUCAUCUACGCCUUCUUCAACCGCGACCUGCGCGCCACCUACAAGGACCUGCUGCGGUGCCGCUACCGCAACAUCAACCGCCGGCUCUCGGCCGUGGGGGUCCACGAGGCUCUCAAGGUGUAG